AGUACCAUCCGCUAAUCCCGCUGGGCUACUUCGUGUUUCUACUUGUUGUUUUUGUUUUUUGUUGGCUUUGUCGUUGUUCGCCACCUCACAGGAAGCCAGGUUAAGACGUGUUUUCUCAGGGUUUCAAGAUGGCGUCGAGAGGGUUUUGUUACAACUGUAACAUGGCAGGUCACUUCGCUAGGGAUUGCCCCUAUCGGCAACCUUCCCUCCCUCAGCAGCCCAGCGGCUUCCGGGUGCCCUUCCCACCCCCGCCACAUUCGUCUCCCCUCGCUUCUCCGUCCCUCUCGCGAGCCCCUUUCCUCGCUUUGCCUCCUCCUCCCCCUUCCCCUACCUCCCAACCUAAUGGCUCCCAGGCUCUCGUGCUUCGACAACCCUUGUGGAAGCUCAACCAAGAUAAGCUGGACCGAGUCUAUGAAUUCAUGGCUUCUGAACUCGAAGUAAGGCAGGAGGCUAUUCGCGAAAGGGAACGUCUGCUCAAGGAAGAGGCAGAAAAGAAGAAGAUCAAAGAUGCGGAAGAUAAGGCACUGAGGAAGUUGAAGGAGCGCCAGGACUUCGAAGAGCGAAUCGGCACCAUUGUCGGUACCAAGAUCAAUGAUGCUUGCGAAUUAUUUCUUGGUAAAGUUGAUUUGAACAGGAUGGCGGGCGAACGCAAGACAUCUGCAGAGCAUGCAAGACCCAGAAUCGAUGAGGAAGCUGAGAAGGAGUGCCUGCGUAAGCAAAUCGAGCAGCUACGUAUAGAGAACGAAUGGAUCAAAAAGAAUAUGAAAGAGCUGUCACGUACGAUCAAACAGUCUGUCGCCGAUACGAAGAGAACAGGAGCAGGGGUCUGCAUCACCAGUCCUCCUGAAGCGCCAGCUCGAGGCAGACCGCGUUUGAUGGGGGUGGGCACUCCCACUUCUCAGGACUUCCAAAAACUGCUCAGGGCGUGCAACUCAAUCAAAGAAGGUAAGAGAGCGGUCGACAUGGAGGUCCAAAUGCUGAAGGAACGCUUCGAACGUGCCAUCGGGAAGCUUGUCAGGCAGGGACGAACACCUAGGUCCAACCUCUCCAAGCGAAUCAAUGAAGUGUCAGAUGAUGACGAACCGGAGAACCUAGGCAAGCAGGACGAUGCGCUCGAUGAUAUUACCCUGCGGCCAUCUCCACCGAAGAGAACUUCUAGGAGAUUGGCUACCAAGGUAGCGGCCACUGAACGGGCCGACUUCAUCAAGGAAACGAAGAGGCACCUCAAACGCCUGAAGAAGAAUGGACUCCAGAUCUUAUGCGGCAGAGAGGGCAUCUCUUUCACCACCUGCGAGCAGGCAAUCAACUACAUCGCCGAGCACAGGGCAGCGCUCGCCUUCGAUUUCCGUCCUGAAGCUUUCAAGGUUGGGAGAUCUGCUCCUGAAUCCGAGGCGGACGAAGCUAAGGAAGACGUACAUGACGAUGGGCAGGCCACGCAGCCUGUUGAUAUCGAUGAUGAGGAGCACUUGGCGGAAGAAUAGGGGUGCGACCCAAGCGCUGACUCGCUAUGGGAGCUUCUGUUGUCUUGCUUUUCUCUUCGUAAGACCAAAGAUGGUGUC